CUAAACAUUGCCUACUCCAACAAAGAGGGCAAGAUGAAGGCCAAAGGUCUAGCUCUCUUGCUAGCCUUCCUGCACCUGCAGACCACCCCCAUCACUGCACACCUGCGCUCUGAGCUGUUCUCCAAUUUCAACGGCUCGGUGGAUGACCAUGGAAUUUGCACCUGCUCCGUGGUCCUGCCAGACACAUCCUUUCCUGCUCAGAAGGUGGAAAACUUGGAAAUCACAGUUAGUGUUCUCACAGAGAAAUUUGAAAAAGAACUGACUAAAGUGAAGGAGUAUACCAAAAUGAUGCAGUUAUUUGAACAGAGACUCCUAAACCUAAGCAUCAAAAUUCGGGUCAUGGAAGAGACCAGCAUUUCUUACAAUAAACUGGACUUUGAGUUGCUUAAAUUAGAAGUGAGUGAAAUGCAAAAACUGGUCAUAGAAUUGAAAUCCAGUUUUGUUGGAAGCAAUGUCAUCAUUGACCAACUGGAGCUGGAGAUCAGGAAUAUUACUCUCCUGGUACAGGAGUUGGAGUCACUAGACAAAAACAAUAUCCUUGCAAUCCGUCGGGAAAUUGUGGCCCUGAAGAAUAGACUGAAAGAGUGUGAAGAGUUUAGAGGUCAAAACAAUACAGAUUUCUUUAUCCCACCCGGAAGUUGUGGUCACGGUGGUGUGGCGAACAUCAGCAAACCUUUCAUUGUUCAGCUUAAUUGGAGAGGGGCUGCCUAUAAGUAUGGAGCCUGGGGAAGAGAUUACACUCCAAUGGAACCAACAAAAACACUCUACUGGGUGGCCCCCUUGAGCACAGGUGAUAGGUACCUAGAAUAUUAUCGACUUUACGACACUAUGGAUGACUUGCAGCUCUACAAAUAUGCCCGAGAGUUUCGAAUCCAAUAUGGAGACGGCAGUGGUAUGGUCAUUUACAACAACUUCAUGUACUUCAACUAUUAUUCUACACGCGACAUUGCCAAGCUCGACUUAAACACCAACACUGUUACUUUGAGAAAGAAUCUUCCCAAUGCCGUCUAUAACAACCGCUUUUCCUAUGCUGGUGUCAAUUGGCAAGAUAUGGACUUUGCUGUGGAUGAAACUGGACUAUGGGUUAUCUAUUCAACUGAAGCCAGUACUGGUAACAUUGUGAUUAGCAAAAUCAAUGACACUUCACUUGAGGUGCUAAACACUUGGCAAACCAUGCAGUAUAAGCCAUCUGUCACCAACGCUUUCAUCGUAUGUGGGGUUCUGUAUGCCAUUCGACCUAUGAACACCAGAAAGGAAGAGAUUUUUUACUACUAUGACACUAACACUGGGAGAGAGGGCAGAAUGAGCAUCAUCAUGGAUAAAAUGCUAGAGAAAAUACAGAGUGUCAACUACCACCCCCUUGAUCACAAACUCUAUGUCUAUAACGAUGCUUAUCUCCUGACUUACGAUCUCAGCUUUCAGCAGGAAUUACAGUGACCUUGACAGGUAGGAGGGAAAGAGUUAAGUGGAGCUUUUCUUAAAAAAGUGAAAUGCUCCAAUGUCUCUGUAGCCUAUUCACUUAUAAUCCAAGUCGAGUUUGCUUAAUGAUAUUUAGAUCACUUUUUGCAUCUUCAGAGAUAUGUUAGGGGUUUGGAAUAGUAGUAUUUCCAAUGAAUCUUAUUUUACCUAAUUCAGCAAACAUUUAUUAAGUGCCUACUGUAUGCCAAACACUGUGCUGAGUGCUAGUGAUAAAAAAAAGACAA